UUAUUCUAACCAAUUUUAGUAUGCAACUUAAAAUGUGAUGUGUGAUUACAAUGUUUAUGUAAUAAUAAGUUAUUACAUAUUGGUCGUGCAAAUAUGAGUGCACCAGCAGUACAUAACGUCAGGUUUUAUAAACCUAAACCAUAUGCAGCUUACUGUAUGGUAUUGAAGAAGUCUGAGAAUCUUCUUGCAGUAGGAAGGUCAGAUGAUAGUAUUGAAAUUUGGAAUUUAAACAACGCCCCUUUCAUUGAACGAAGAAUACCCCCAAUAGUAGAUAAUAAUUACACUCAACAGUUAUGCUGGUGUAACGAUAGGCUGUUCAGUGUUAAUUUGAAUGGAUUUUUAGUAGAAUAUGAUUUAUACAAUUUAACUGUUAGGCAUAAAAGUGCAGUAACUGGCGAAGCAGCAUAUUGUUUAGAUGUAAAUAACAGUAAUUCUCAAAUAGCUGUUGGUACUGAACAGGGUUAUUUGAAUAUAUUCUCAGUAAACGAGGACGUUUUGUUUGAAAAAUUCUUGGACAAGCAAGAAGGCAGAAUCUUAUGUCUAAAGUAUUUUCCAAAUGGGAAAUAUAUUGCAUCCGGUAGCAUUGACACUGUUCGAAUUUGGAAUGUAAAAAGUGGCCAGGCAAUUCACAGAAUCACUACAGGUCGGGCAGAAACAAAUAAAGAAACAAUUGUUUGGGAUUUACAAGUUACAUCCGAAGGUAUCGUUAUAAGUGGUGAUUCAAGGGGGAAAAUCACAUUUUGGGAUGGAAAGAUCGGUUCUCAGAUCGAAAGUUUUCAAUCUCAUAGGGCCGACAUUUUAUCAGUUUGCCUAUCUAGUGACGAGAAAACUCUGUAUUGUGCAGGUGUCGACCCAUUAAUUAUUUCUUAUGAGAAGGUGAAAGUUAAAGGUACAUCCCAAAAAUGGGUGAAAAGUAUUCAAAGAAAGAUUCAUGAUCACGACGUUAGAUGUCUAAUUCUGCUUAAAGAUAAGCUUUAUUCUUGUGGAAUAGAUGGAUAUUUGGCAUGCAGUUAUCAUCCUCCCAAAACUGUUCAUAAAUUCCCUCCCCUGUUGCCCUCUUCAUGUAUCAGUAUUAGUACAGAAAGAAAAAUUGUACUUUUACAAUAUUCCCUGCAAAUAGAAUUAUGGGAAUUGGGUAAAGUAGACACGGGGAAAGAACAAGAAGGUCUUUUUAAGUUGGAUUCAUUACCAAAAAAACUAGUUCAGAUUUUCAGAACGGUUAAGAAUUCAAACAAUGAGGAAGAAAAUGAGGGAAUUAUUUGUUCUGCAUUAUCUAAUGAUGGGAAAUGGAUCGUGUUCAGCACAGAUACGGCUGUUAGAAUUUUUAAUUUCAAAUAUGUGAGUUGGUAAUGCAGAAGACAUUCUAUACUGUGAACCGUAAUAAGUUGUUCACAUUACAUGGCUGUUAUUAUCAGCAUUAUAUAAUAAACAUCUAUAAUUAAUAAAAUACAUAUAAAAGACAGCAACAAA